AUGAGGAGGAGGAGGAGGAGGAGGAGGAGGAGGAGGAGGAGGAGGAGGAGGAGGGGAGGGCCUCUCGCCCCAGCCUGGAGCCCCUAUGGGGUCCUCCCGGGCCUCGCGAGAGGCGCUCUGGAGGCCGGGUGCGCCUCCGUGGAAGUCCUGGGGGGGCGACGUCGUGCCAGGGGCACCAUCUGGCAACCCCCGACCUUCGCGCACCACCACCACGUCGGGAAGCGCGGGCGCCGGCUGUUCCUGCCCCGCCACCUCUGCUUCACCUGCUGCGGCUCUGGCGUGGGCCGCCUGCGCGCGGUGUUUGUGCGCAGCCCCUUCGCGCGGCUGGCGUCGGUGUUCCGACUCAAGUGGCUCGGCAGCGGCACCAAGGUGCACUCGCGCUGGGAGGACUUCCCGGUCUUCGUCCGCUACGUCAGCGAGGUCUUCAACGACUCCAGCGACUACCUGGACGACCCCUCCUUCGGCCGCGGGCCGCUGCUGGGCGGCGGCGGCCACCUGCGCGAGUUCGACCAGGACGACGCGCUGCACACGCGCUCGGUGGCGGAGUGGCUGCGGGACGGGCCGCUGCGCGGGGACGACGGCGCCGCGGCGCGCGCCUUCCGGGUGGUCCACGUGGAGCACCUGGAGGGCGACCUGCGAGAGCUGGCGGCGGCGCUGUGCUCGGAGGUCGGCUUCUGCCCAGACCCGGGCCUCUUCCCCCGCAUCAACGCCUUCGCGGACUCCAUGGCCGCCGGCGUCUGGGCGGCCGCCUGGGCGCAGGCGGGCGUCGUGAGGAUGAUGAUCACGAAGAUAGGCGAGCGCUUCCCCGACCAACUCGGGGAGCACGAGAAGCAGAUGGCAGACCCCGGGGCUGAGCUCGAGGAGCAGUCCACCCGCAUGGCCACCUUCGAGGCUACCGCCGCGUGCGUGGCGAUCGACGUCGGCGUCUACGGUGGUGGCUCUUCUCGGACCCCCGAGCCUCCCACGGCUGUGGUCGACGCGGAGAUUAACGCUCGUUUCUUGAAGCUCGAGGCGAAGUCUUCCUUCGGUCUCAUGCCGAAGCUAGUGGGCAUGAACGUCGACAUCGAAGACCUGCUCGACUUCUCAGUGGGCGUCGACAGUGAUGCGGAGGUGAGCAUGGCGAGGAUGUCGCGCGAGGUGACAGAGGUGGCCAAGACGGUGUACCACGCGCUCGCCCAGAGCGUCGACGGCAAGGCGCUUUCUGCGUCGAGGCGGCGCGAGAAGCUCAAUGGCUCUAUCCCAUGGCGGAUGCAACGCCGGACGCGCGCGCCGAAGGUGGGAAGCAGGCUGGGUGCCUGCGAGCGCGUGGCGGGCGAGACGGUGAGCCAGUCAACCAACGUCGCGGCCCUGGCCAGGUGGGCACCCGCGCCCGCGCAGGAGAUCACCCAGGACAGCGCGCCCAAGGGAGGGCGAGACCAUGCAGCACUAAGGUCGACGAUCAAGUUCUGCGCGCGCGGCUCGAGCGGCCACGGCGCGACGGGCCAAGUCACGACGGGGCCCAGGAAUGCCGGCGGAGGCUCCGCGCCCGCGGAGAUCGGGGCCGCGCAGCGCCGGGACAACAGCUGUCGCGUCGGGAACGUCGCGGAGAUUUUCAUCAGCGCGGGGGAGCUGCAAGGGAACUCGCAGGAGAUCCCCAUCCAGAUCAUCAGCGGCAAGGGGGGGCUUCAGGGGUGA